AUGGUGGUCGAUGCAACAAACAAUAAUGUUUUGAGCUCUCAACUUAGCCAACUCGUCAAACAUUUGAAUGAAAAUCUCAAGAGACACUCGUGCCAUAGGGAAUGUCUAGGUUCCAUCACUUACGAAACGUCUGAAAUUGAUCGACUUUAUUUAUUAACAGUCUCUGUUCAAGCUGCUGAUUUUACAGUCGAGGUUACAAUAAAUGACAGAAAUCUUGAAUGGCAUUUCCUAGUAAUUACCAUGUUUGAAACUUCGAAAAAAUACAGCUCAGAAGAAGAGUGA